AUGGAUGGAAGGUUUGACGGUGUUGUUUUGUGGCCCAUGCCACGCCAACGCCCUGCUCAUGAGCUUCGAAGACAAGCGGUCUUCAAGGGCAUCUUCCUGGCUUUAGCCGCCACCUUGCUUUUUCAACGCCUGCGACUGCUCGCGGCCUCGGGAGGUACCGGCAAUGAGGAGAUCGAAACAAAUUCGAGCCUCCUUCUGCGCCCUGGGGAUGAAGGAGAGCGGGCCCCCCAGCGCAUGGACAAGCUGGACAAAGCAGAACGGCCUUUAGAGGUCUCUUCUGAGCCCUUCCACACCGUGGAGCUGCAGGAGGAGAACCGCCCCUGGCAAGUGCUGCGGCUCCUGGUUCCCUUGUCCCCGGAGGUGGCGGCCUGGUGGAACAAUACCGAAGACUUCGUUAUCAGGGCCACCCCCUGCGAGUCGAUGAAUCGUGGAGGUCUCAACGACUCUCGGGUGGAGUGCCUGCAUUUGGAGGUCAAGAACGAGAAAGCCUUCAGCUACCACGGCCGAAACGUUCAGGCAAUCGAGACCGAGCUAGUUCUUCCCAAGAGCACGAUCGUGAAGGAUUGCCGCUUUACCUGGGUGCGCAUCAUCCGCACGGAUCUUCCAGAGCUUGACGGAAGACUGCUGCGGGCCCUGCAUCUUUCCUGCCCUGUAUCUCCGAGCAGCCUGGAGGGAGGCAUUCCCAACACGAACUCUGCCCCUCUCAGAGGCGGUCUGCCUGGGAUGGUCGCCUUGUUCUUCUUCGGCUGGCUCUUGUUGCCGCAGAGCACUUAA